AUGUCAAGCAGUAGACCAACAAGAGAAAGAAGAUUACCAAUUCAUUUGGAAGAUUAUAUCGUUGGUGAAUUAGAUUUACGAAAGAAUUAUGAAAAGGAAGAAAAGAAGAAACAAAAAUUAUUAUUAAAGAAGAAGGCUGAAAUUUCAAAGAAGGAACAAGCUGAAAAGAGAAAGAAAGAAGCCAUAGAAGCAACAAAGAAAAAGAAGGAAGCUGUUAAAAAAUCUAUUAGAAAAAAGCCAUCUUCAUCAUAUUAUACUUCAUCUUCAACAACAAUUUCUAAAAGAUCUUCAUCUGCAAUUACACCAUAUACAGAUUAUACUAAUCCAAAAUUUAAAGUUUUUACAUCAACAUCUGAAGCUAGAAACAAAUUAAUUGAAAAAACACCUGGUAAUAAGAUUUUAAAAGGGUCAGAUGAUGCUUCUAAAUGGUCAAUGUCAAAAUUAGAUACAUCUAUCAGAUACAAAUCACUUAAUAUUUCAGAUAUUUUAAGUGGAUGUUAUUAUGUACCUGGUAAUAAUCACAAAUUAGAUACAACUGGUAGUGAUAGAGUACCUGCAGUUCAAAUUUGUUUUUCAUUUGAUACAACUGGUUCAAUGUCUUCAUAUUUAAAUAAUUUGAAAUUUAAAUUACAAACAAUAUGUCAACAAUUAAUGAAUGAUGUUAGAGGUUUAGAAAUUGCAAUUAUUGCACAUGGUGAUUAUGAAGAUUCUAAAGAUAAUGGUUCAUAUUGUUUAUACAAAUUAGAUUUUACAACAGAUAUUGAACAAAUUAUUUCAUUUGUUCAAUCAAUUAAUUCAACAAGUGGUUAUGAUGGUGAUGAAUGUUAUGAAGCUGUUUUAUUAGAAGCUCAAUCUUUAUCUUGGGUUAAUGUUGAAAAUACAUUUACAAAUAGAUCACUUGUUGUAAUUGGUGAUGCUGAUCCUCACAAAUCAACUGAAUGGUUUAAUAUUGAUUGGAAACAAGAAACAAGUAAUUUAUUUGAUAAUCAUCAUGUUAAAAUUCAUAGUGUUAGAUGUGGUUCAUCUUCAUGGUCAACAAAAGAUUUUUACAAAACAAUUUCAGAAGAAACAGGUGGAUCUGAAUAUUUAUUAGAUACAUUUGAAAAAACAAUUGAAAUGUUUUGUGGAUUAAUUUAUAGAGAAGCUGCUGAUAAUAUUAUGAUGAAUGAUACAACAAUGCAAGCACAUAUUGAUGGAGCAGUUUCAGGUGAAGUUACAAUUGUUAAACCAACAAUGUCUUCAAGUGAUAAGAUGAUUGAUGAUGGUGAAAAGAGUGAUGAUAUUACAUCAUUAGGUUCAUAUAUUGUUACAGAUGAUGAUAUUUUAAAGAUUCACACUGCAAUUCAUAGUACUUGUACAGAAGUUAAAAUUAAUGGUAUUGAAUUUGCAAUUCAAAUGAAUGAAAGUUCAUGUAGAUUUGUAAGAGUUGAUGGAGUUGUCUAUAUUGAACAAAAUAAGGAAAAGAAGACUAAGUAUGCCAAGAUGGCUUUAGAAGGAAAGAAAUUAACUUGGAUUUGUCAUGCUGGUAAUUGGGGUCUUAUCAUUGAUGAUAAAAUUGAAAAGAGAUAGGAAACCAAUCCUUAAAAACCAUAGUCGAGUGUAAAUAAAACUAAUCAAAAAUUUAUUG